CACCCAAAAAAAAGAAAACAGUAAACCGGGCGGACCGGUUACUGCAAGCCGCCGAGACUGAGACCACUCAGAUCUCAAACCAGUGCGCACAGGGAAAGCGGAGCCCUUGGUUCGCAUUUUUCUUGCGGAUUCGAUCUUCUGGGAGUCUUCUAUUCAUCAGUUAUUAGGGUUUUCUACUCUAUCCAUGCCUUCUCAAUGUUGAUCAACUUUUUCACUGAAUUGGCCAAAAGCGAGACAGGUUUGAAGUGGGUUGCUAGUUUUUAUAUCAGGGGAAAAAAGGGCCAAUAAUCAGAAAUGGCAGGACUGAAUAAUCCUAAGCAUCUUGAGGACUGCUCGGUUGCCAACGCAUUAGGCACAUGGUUCUUCUCAGUGGCAGGGGCUUUGGUAGCUAUCCCAGUAGGGAUAAAACGGAAGUCUUUAGCACCGCUUGUGUUCUUUGGCACAACAGGCACAAUGCUUGAUAUUAUCAUGGGAAUCAGUCAAUGUGAAAGAGAACAUGCAGAACGCCAAGCCAAGUUACUAGAGGCCCAGAAUUCUGUAGGGGAACCAUCUUUUUCAGAAACAGGAUCUGAGUCUUGAUUCUAAGCUGGUAUAGGCAUGAGCUUAUGCUACUUGGCAUAAGAGAAAGAUCUGUUUCUUUGGUGGGAAUUCAGUGUGCACUUUUUUGCAUUAUUAAUCAUCUCUCAAAAGUUAUUUUAUUUUAUUUUAUUUCUAUUUAACUUCAUAAGAUCAGCAAAAGACCUAUCAUGAUGCAAUAAAAACAUGGGUUUUGCUUAGAAGUUGCAUCAUUGAUUUGUUUUCUUAAAAAUAGUCGAUUUAUGGGGGCUGAAAACGUGUUCAAAUGCCUUAGAAGAAGCAGAGAUAAUUCUCAUUUGUGGUUGUU